GAAAAAAAACCUGUGGCCUUCACAGGAGAAAGAUAAUAAAUAUCGACAAUGCUAUUGUCUCGACCACACACACUGACAAUGCAUCUCCACCAGGAAGGGCUCAAGACCUCUCAAGUUAAUUUGUGGCGCUGAAAAAGUUUGUCAGAACACUUAAAGGUUUACCUCAGAAGCAGAAGGCGAUGGAGGGCCCAGAGCGAGGAGCCCUGCCAGGCUGUGAGUGUUGCAGCAGCCCUGCUGCCUGGGUCAGAGCGAGCAAGGAUGUUUUAACAUGGCGCCUGCUGAAGACCAUCUCCAUGGGCCAGGCGCUGUCUCUGCUCAUCUGUGGGACAGCCGUGAGCUGCCAGUACCUGGCGGAGGCCGGCGUGGAGACGCCCAUGAUGCAGAGCUUCCUCAACUACGCACUGCUUCUGCUCACCUACACCGCUGCCCUCUGCUGCCGGAAGGGUGAUGGGAACAUCUGGCAGAUUUUGAAGACCAGAUGGUGGAAGUAUCUGUUAAUGGGUCUGACAGAUGUGGAGGCAAACUAUGCAGUAGUGAAGGCCUACCAGUUCACCACCCUGACCAGCAUACAGCUUCUGGACUGUUUCGUGAUCCCCGUAUUGAUGGUGCUCUCCUGGUUCUUUCUGAAGACGCGCUAUAGGCCGGUUCACUUUGUGGGCGUGGCUGUGUGUCUGCUGGGGGUGGGGGCCAUGGUGGGGGCAGAUCUGCUGGCCGGACGAGACCAGGGAUCCACCCAUGCCGUGCUGCUGGGGGACGGGCUGGUGCUGGUGAGCGCAGCGCUGUACGCCGUCUCUAACGUGUGUCAGGAGUACACUGUGAAGAACCUGGGCCGCGUCGAGUUCCUGGGCAUGAUGGGCCUGUUCGGAACCGCCAUCAGCGGAGUACAGCUAGUUGUGCUCGAAACGAACGCGGUAGCAGCGAUAAAAUGGGAUUUAAAAAUAGCCGGGCUGUUUGUGGCCUACGCCCUGUGCAUGUACGGGCUGUACAGCUGCAUGCCACUGGUGGUGAAGAUGACCAGUGCCACGGCCGUCAACCUGUCUCUGCUCACCGCUGACCUCUUCAGCCUCUUCUGUGGACUGUUCCUCUUCCACUACACAUUCUCCGGCCUGUACAUCGUGUCCUUCGUGGUGAUCACGGUGGGAUUCAUCAUGUUCAACGCCGUGCCCACCCACGCCCCUCACCCCCCUCCCGGCCCUGAAGAGGAGGACAAGACGCCCAGCGAGGAGGAGGUGAGCCCCCAGGGCCUGCGGGAGGAGGUGGGCCCCCAGGGCCUGCAGGAGGAGGAGCGGGGAGAGGAGCGGGAGGAGAGCUGCUUCAGAAGGCCGGUUGUCACGUACGUCACAGAACGUUGCACCAGGAUGUAGCCUGGCGCUCUCACCUCCCUUCACCUGUUGUCCCCGUGAGGCACGUCCCUGUGCCAUCUGUUGGGACUGACAAGAUGGCCGCCCGCUGGGUUUUUGGAGAAAGUUACAACUUUUGAAGCGCACACGGAUGCGUGUGACCAUUCGGAGAAUGGAUGUUUCACUUCCUGCACAGUAGCCAAUCGGUGCGUGGACCAUUCUGUGCAGACAAACUGCAGUGAGAACGCAGCUUAACACACUGGCCAGGUACAGACUCCUCUAGUUACAGUUCUGACUGGUUGCUGUUGUCCAUUGUGGUGGGACCACAUGGGACCAGCCUGUCCUGCUGAGGUCACAGGACACUCAUGUACAUGUCACUGGACACUCGUGUACAUGCAGUUUACAUCACAGCACUACCUUGUCUCCAUCACUGUUCCAAGUCUGGGUCCCAAUCUGCUGGUUUGUUAAUGUUUUUUUUUUUGUUUUGAUAUGUUUUGUAUAUUGUCAUUUGUAUGAUGAUAUGCUGCUCAUUGAAGAGAUAAUCAUCAUUAUCAAGAAGAAAUUGCCUUUUUAAAAUUAUGUUCUUCAUACAUGAAUACCAUGUGCGUUUGUUUAUACAGCUGGUUACUGAUCACCUAUUUAUAUAUUUGGGUCAUUAAAAACAUUAUUAUUUUUUCAUUAACUUUUCUUAAUAAAGUUUAAAUUGUA